UUUGCGUUGAACAAGACCCGCCGGAAUUUCGUUCCACGUCCCUAUUUGCAGGCUGUGACUGGGAUCCCCAUUCUUUUCACCAUCAGUGGAACUACGAUCUCCGUUCAAUGGACACAGAAACAAGCAACAAGCGAAACCCUCAUUCACGUUCCUAAUCUCUCGGCUAGCGCUACGGUCACUUCCACCGGGGCUGUGGCAGCUCAGUGUACGGUCGACGUUGCGGCGCUGAAGGUGCGUUGCAAGUCAACGGGAACGGGCAAGAUCGCCAUCAGCAUCCAAACGAAGUAGCCCGACACAUACCGCAGUUCACUGCAAAGAUGUUCCAGACCUGCUUUAGACCGGCAUUCGAAUAGUCGUUAGUUUACAUACAUUAGCUGCAAUGUUCCUCCUACCAUCAAAGCGGCUAGCUACCUGUGUACCGAAGUUUCUGGAAUCAACAUUCUCUGGAACUGAUGCAAAGAUUGACAGCCGACUUUGGCAAGAACUCCGUGCAGAAGAAGUCCAUGCGGGGUCCACAGGUGCUUGUGCCUUGCGGGGCAAGCCAAGCGUAGUCGGUGAUCAUUACGGAGCAGCUAAGGGGAGAAAUGUUCUACCAGUGUCUACGGGGGAGAUCGAGAACAACAAAGGUCCAGAUCUGGAUGUGGAAGACUACCUGGGCAAUCCUUCGGCUCCCAUCCCCCAAGGGCUAGAUAGGGACGGGUUCACCGAUGGACUCACAAAACCGUUGGCGAACAAGGUGGAGUUCGGUAACCAUUUCAAUAAUGGCAAGUUGCCGAUAGGCGAGGACGCCAACAGAGGUGCAGCAAUCCGGGUCAGGGAGGAUUCAUCGGUUGAGGGACGGCUAAACGGCUCGCUCAGACGCGACAAUCCUAACAACGACGGGUUAGCCAUCGAGUCUCAAUUACGAGCAGAUGCCGGACAGAUUGGCGCCCGACCCAUGGUGCAGCGAACGCAACCUUUGCAGGUUGUCACGGAUAGGAUGCCGGUUGUAAUCAAGACGAAGAACGUCGAGGCUGUGAAUCCACGCUUGGAUCCCACCACACGUAUAACUACCGAUCUUUACCCGUGGAUCAAAGAGAAGUCCUGAGAAUGCUAGCGUCUACACCGGGUGAUGCUUAUCCCUUCUGCCGAGCGUUUUGAUCUGACUCAAUGCGUUCGCUUUUGAUAUCAUUUCUAUAUA